GUCCGUUACGCGUUCGCGUCACGCGAGAUACACCUUUACUUAGAAACUUUCGCGUCUCCAACCACUGUCCGAACGAAACGCUCGACGCGACUGGAUCAGCUUCUCGGCCCUCGAUUACUUUGCCCUCCCGACGCGCGCACGAUCGCGCCGCAACCAAAAUAAUCGCUUCCUCGACCGAUCGCCGGCCGCGACCUUGUGCCUUGUGCCAUUCCGUCGCGCGACGCGUCGCGUUACGUUUCGUGGCCAACCACGACAACGACCGUCUACCGUCAUGUCGUACGUAUCACGGGUGAAUCAGAUCGACGCGGUGCAGCUGGACGAGGAGAUCUACAAGGUGCUCAGAAAUCAGGCGAGACAGGUUGGCAAGCAUCUACCGAUAGACCAAAUCGAUCGAUGGCAGCCCGAAGUCGACGCGAUUCUCAAGUAUUUCAUGUGGACGUUCUCGCUGCGCGACGGGAAGUCGACCUUUGGCCAACAGCUCCUCAACUUGCACUAUGAGAACGUCACUCGUGCGAAGUCACUUCUCUACCUGAUGUUGACGAUCGUCCCGGAGUACGCGCGAGAUAAGCUCGCGGGUAACGGCGGCAAUCGCAAUCUCGGCAUGCUCCUCGAUUACGUCGGAGACGUCAUGAAACUGCUAGAGUUCGUGAACUUGUUGGUAUUCCUGCACCGCGGCACGCAGCCCCAAGUGAUCGAGUAUCUGCUCGGUAUCGCGAGCCGAUCCACGACCACUCACAAACCCAGAAAUAUCGGUUACUCCUACAUGACCCGGGAACUACUCUGGCACAGUUUAAUGGAACUGUUCACCACCGGCCUGCCAAUGAUCAAUUUCCAUUACUUGAAAUGCGGGCUGAAAAAGUUGUUCACGCGGACGAGACGCGACGACCUCGUUCGCCGCUUUUAUCCGACCAUGGACGCGUUCACCAAUUGCGCCUACUGUGAUGACACUCCGAUUUUACCCGUACACGCCGGUUGCCAGCAUGUAUUCUGUUAUUACUGUAUGAAGGCUCACUUUACAGCAACAAACGAAUUUCAAUGUUCCGAAUGUGGCACGCGACUUCACGUUCGAAACAUGAGAACAUACGAAACAAGCUCUUCAGUUUCGUACACCCGAGACGAUAAUAGCGAUCGAGUGGAUGCUGAUUCGAAACGUUCGAUACCUGUCAGCGAAUCGUAAUACCGUAUCGCAUAAAUAUCCAUCAAGCGUCCUAUUUGAUGCUUAAACAGCUACCUGAAAAUUCUACCAAAUCACUGAUACUAGUUUAACACCAGUGGAGGAUAUCACCGUUUGGAAUUUUCCUUGUUACUACUGUUACCUCGUUUCAUUGUUAUAUCAUAAAUCUUUGUAUAUUUUAUAUUGUCUAGAAUAAAAAAUAAUGCGGAACAGAA